AUGCUUUCACAUGGAUUUUGGUUGAUAUGUUCAACAAAAGACAAUGCCCAUGUACGUUCAUCCACAACCUACCAGCUUGAAAAAGUUAUCGGUAAAUCCAUAACAAAUAUAUACACGCUCCUCAAUUUCCCGGGCCUGCCGCCAUUCCCGCCGUCCAACGUGGUGGCACCGCUGCUCGAUCGGGAAUCUAACGACUACAAGAUAUUUAUAGAAUAUUCUCACGACGUAUUAAAUUUAGACGGAAUAAGUGUGAACACAUUCGAGAGUUUGGAGGUGAAGUCGUGGGCCCCACAAGUGACGGUGCUGGGACCGAUGGUGGCGCUGAAAAUGGAGAUGGCGCAUAUUAGAGCCGCCUAUCAUGGCACUCCAGGAACAGUUCUCCGAGCCCAAACCCAAGACCCAUCAAGAAAACCGAGAAAACGAGCUCAGCAAGCUGAAACAGAUCCUCUCCGAAACACUCGCCCUCUUUGA